AUGGUCCAUCUGCAUGCCAUCAAAAGCGGACUCCGGUCUGGAAAGUUCCAAGAGACCAUUGCGGUAGCCAAGCCGAAAACCCUUCCCGAAUUUUGCGAAAAGGCAAAGGGACAAAUUGAUAUUGAUAAGCUUAGACAAGCUCGGAAGUCCGACAAAACGUACUACAGAGAUGAUGAUAAGGCACAAAAUAGUAAGAAAAAUUUUAAACUAACUCCUCGAUUUGAUUCUUACACGCAGUUCAACACUAAGCAAGAGGAUAUAAUCAAAGAGAUCUUGAACUCAAAAUUGAUCAAGCCACCAAGGAAGGCUGGUACAUAUCAAGAUACCAAGAACGUCGACAAGUCCAAAUACUACGCCUUUCACCAGAAGCACGACCACACCACUGACAAAUGUGUAGUAGCAAAAGACCUCUUAGAACGGCUAGCUUGGCAAGGUCACCUUGAUAAAUACAUCGGAGGUCACAUCCAGAGACGUGCACCAUCUUCCACAGGCAAUACUUCUUCCGAACAGCAAAAUCGAGGAAAGGAGAAGGCAUCCUCAAGCCAAUACGAACAACCUCGAGACAAACAGAUUGCAACUAUCCACAGAGACCAUAAAGAAGCACGACAGUGCUACAACAUCAGCAUGAGGCUGCCAAACCGUUCAAAACAAGCUCAGGUCAACAAUGUCCACCUCUCAAACAACAACUCAGCACUAGCCGACCUAGAUCCCAGAGCCGAAUUCCUCGAACGACCUACACCAACAGGUAUAGCAAUAAGCACAGUAGAACUGAACGCAAUACAAGCUUUUCUACAAGAGCAAGCCAAUCUCUUUGCAUGGAGACCUUCUAACAUGCCCAGUAUCGACCCACAAAUCAUCACCCACAGAUUGGCAAUUAACCCUUCAGUACGACCAGUGCAACAAAAAAAGAGAAACCUCGAAGAUGAAAAGAAGAAGGUGUCAUUAGAAGAAACUCAAAAGCUGAUCAACGCCGACUUCAUUAGAGAAAUCAGAUUUACUACUUGGCUCACCAAUGUUGUAAUGGUAAGGAAACAAAAUGGUAAGUGGCGCAUGUGCGUCGACUUUACUGACUUAAACAAGGCAUACCCGAAAGAUUCUUACCCUUUGCCAUCCAUAGAUUCUUUGGUAGAUAACGCUUCUGGUUAUGCCACCUUAAAUAUCAUGGACGCUUAUUCUGGGGCAACUUAUCAGCGUCUUAUGGACAAAGUCUUCGCCAACCAGAUCAGUAGAAAUAUGGAAGUCUACGUCAAUGACAUGGUCGCCAAGACAAAAUCCGGCAAUAACCAUAUCGACGAUCUAACAGAAAUCUUCGGUCAGAUACGGAGCUACAACAUGUGCCUGAACCCUGAAAAAUGUGCCUUUGCCGUUCAAGGUGGUAAAUUUUUGGGUUUUCUACUAACUAGCAGGGGUAUUGAGGCUAACCCCGAUAAAUGCCGAGUAGUAUUGGAAAUGACGAGUCCGAAGACGAUAAAGGAAUGGAAUGACGAUUGCGAGAGAGAAUUUAAUACUCUAAAAACAACUCUCUUGCAACCGCCAAUCUUACAAAAGCCCUUACAAGAGGAAGAGUUAUUCUUAUACUUGUCCAUUACUGACUGGGCGAUAAGCUCUACUCUUGUUACAGAAAGAGACAAAGUUCAGCAUCCAAUAUACUUCGUCAGUAAAACUCUCCAACAUGCUGAAGUCAACUACCCGAGGAUAGAAAAACUAGCAUUAGCAUUACUAUUCUCGGCCAGAAAACUUCGACCUUAUUUCCAGAGCCAUGUCAUUCAUGUUCGGACCAACCACCCAUUACGCCAGGUACUACACAAGCAAAAAAUUGCAGACCGACUUGUUAAGUGGUCGAUCGAAUUGUCUGAGUUUGACGUCACAUACCAAGCAAGAGGUCCGAUCAAGUCACAAUUCCUUGCCGACUUCAUAGCAGAACUGAUGAUCCCAACAGAAGAUGACCAUACAGUGAAAUGGACAUUAUACGUCAAUGGUUCAUCAAACACUCAAGGGUGUGGCGCAGGAAUUUGGCUUGAGGGUGAUGAUGGUUUCAUUUUAGAACAUUCACUUCAUCUAACCUUCAAAGCCAACAAUAAUCAAUCAGAAUAUGAAGUCCUCGUCGCAGGACUUCGACUUUGCUUAGAUCUUCACAUUUCAGCCAUAAAGGUAUACUGCGAUUCACUAUUGGUAGUGCAAUAG